GAUAAACGCGAGAGAGCGAGAUACUCACACGGAUUUGUAACAUAGAAACAAAAUCGGCUUUGACUUGGAAAGCGCCUUGACCUAUGCCAUUUCAUCCCUAUCGGCAUCGUCAAGAGCGUCGAAGGAGUAGCUUAAGCUUUUGGUAAGCCGAUUGGAAGGUCUCAUGUAGGUCAUUCACAUUGACAUUCACAUUCGUCAUCGCCCUCCGUUGAAAUCUAAGCCGAAGAGCGAGCUUAUUAGAGCAGCACAGUUUGGAGUAAAGGUGUGGUCGAAUUUUCUUAUAAGUACGUCGAGGUAAGAAGGGACGGAAGACUACACUCCAUUUCCAGAUUCACAUUCACAUUCACAUAUCUCCUGACUCAAACCGCUCUUACCUCUUCAAGUCCUACCUGCAGCCUUCGUGCCACUACUUUUACCCCUCUUUCAACUGACAACACCGUCAAAACUAACCACCACUUUUUCCCAAUCAACAAAAUUAAACCCAACAAUCAAUAUGUCUUCCAGUGCUAAGAAACUGCUCGUCGUCUUCGGAGCUACAGGAGCACAAGGUGGCUCGGUUGUUCAAAGCAUUCUCUCUGAUGCUACUUUGAAGAAGAGCUGGGCAGUUCGAGGCAUCACUAGAGAUGUCACAAAGCCUGCUGCAAAGAAGAUUGAGGCUCUCGGUGCCGAGACAUUUGCUGCAGACUUGAAUGAUACCAAGUCUCUCAAAGCUGCAUUGAAGGGAGCAUAUGCUGUCUUUGCUGUUACCAACUUUUGGGAGAGCCAAAGUGCCGAUGUAGAGAAGAAGCAAGGAAUUGCAAUUGCGGAUGCCGCAAAGGAAGCUGGUGUUCAGCACUUCAUUUGGAGUUCCUUGUUGAACAUUACGAAGCUCUCCAACGGAGUCCUUCCCAAGGUCACCCAUUUCGACUCCAAGGCCGAUAUCGAGGAAUAUGUCAGAAAGAUCGGGAUCCCAGCGACUUUCUAUUUGGCUGGAUUUUACAUGUCCAACAUUCCUGGCCAAAUGUUGCAGAAAUUGCCACCUGACAACAAAUGGAAGCUUGCUUUCCCAAUCCCAGCUUCAGCUUCUGUCCCACUUCUUGCUGCUGCUGAGGACACUGGUAAAUUCGUCAAAGGUAUCCUUCUCAAUAGAGAGAAGGUUCUCGGAAAGCGUAUUUACGGUGCCACCAAGUACUACACCUUGACCGAGGUUUUGAAGGAAUUCACGGAACAGUAUCCUGCUGCUAGCGAAGGAGCCGACAAUGUUGAACUUCCCCAUGAAGUCUACAAGAACAUCCUCAAGGGUUUUGGUAUGAGUGACGAUGCUCAAGAGGAAUUGUUGCAGAACAUGAGAUUGUUGAGCGAGUUUGGAUAUUAUGGAGGUGAUUCUUUGGAUGAAAGCCAUUCUAUCUUGGUUGACAAAUUGACAACAUGGAAGGAGUUCAUUGCAGAGAAUCCAGCAUUUGCUGAAUUGAAGUAAAGUCUUCGGAGACGUAUUAGCUUAGGAGGAAGACUUUGGAAGUUGGCAGAUGUGAAUACGAUUGAUAUUAUUUGAAUUUUCUCGAUUUUACCUAGAUUUUUCGUUAUGUGUCGGCAACGUGAGCGUGAACGUGAACAUGAUAUGUGCUCUAAAUUGCCAGUACUUCAGUAGAUUGCAAUUUGUAAACGUAACCAUCCAGCUACAAUAUUUUGGUAAUAUCAUAUGUCAGCCA